AUGUGUCGGUGUUUGAAACGCGGCGUACAACAAUUGGCUUGGCGUGUGGGUGCCGCAACGCCCAUGCUGCAGAUGGGCAGACGACGAUACUCGAGAAACCUUGUAGCAAUAGCAUGUACAAACAAUACAGUAGACGAGAUAGCACACGGCGUAAGGGUGCGUGCGACGAGCGCGGACCGACACCGGUGGGUGGGGCGCGUUGGUGGGAGCGAUUCAGAGGGCCCGUCGAGGGCGGCGAGGGUUGGCGUCGAGGCAUUAUUCCCGCACGGCGGUGAGGCUCACUCACUCGCGUGCCGGCGAAGCAUCGGCAGUGGGAGUGGUGGCAGGAAGGCGCGUCACGUGCAUGGCCGUGGCGGCUGCCGUGUUGGGAAGGCCAUCCACGGUCUGGAAACCGGGGCAGACUGGCAGGCUCCCCAGGCCCUCGAGGCCCUCGCAGGCAUGACACUUAGCAUUGGUAUUGGCAUUGGCGCAAAGGCGCGCGCACGACACAGAGCGAGAACGGCCAGGCCAGGCUCUUUUGCAAGCCAAGGCCCUGGUUGGCCGGGCGACGGCGUGACAGCAAGUGUGAUUCGGCCGACAUGGCUGGCCGUCUCAGCAGCGGUAGGGCUCGUUGAGACAGGGCCGAUGCCCGAAGCAGGCCGUGGGGCGUGCUGGAUCAUGGAGAGGGAGGGGGGAAGUCGGAUAUUGAGGCUCCAUGGUGCUUGGUGCAUGGAGCGGAGGCGAGGGGCGAGCCAAGGCGACAAGCAUUGUUUACAGAGCGAGAAGAAGCUUGGUGCUGCUGCGAGUGCCAGUCAGUGGCGGCGAGUGGAGGAGGGAGUGGAGGGAGUGGUGCAGUGGUGCAGUGGUGCAGUGGUGCUACUCGAUGCUACUCGAUCCUGGCCGGGCGUGGGUUGCAGUUGGCCAAACGUCAUGGGGGCGCAUCCCUGCCGCGCCUGCACGCUUGUCGCGGAAUGUCGCGCUAUCUCCAGCUUAAUCUCAGCAGCCGGCGACGGAGACGCGUUGGAGGAAACGAGACGAUGCCGGGUUAGGGAGCAGCAGACGAUGCAGACACAGACACGGGCAGGCAAUAGUACACACUACAGGGCAUGGUACAGACAAGGGCAAUGGGGGUGGCUGGGCGGAUGGUUUUGCUUGGAGUAG